AUGCAUUGUUAUUUCAGUCCACUAUUCAUAAUAUACUGCAUUAAUUUUCAAUUAUAUAUUCUGCAACUUAAUAUUCUAUAUUCUAUAUUUAUUUGCAUUUUCAAUUCACAAUUCUCGACUAGAAAAACGGAAGACUAAUAUCCCUGGGACUGAAAUAACAACAAAAAAAAAUCACCAUAGAAAAGGAAAUUGUCGGCAUAUUUUAAUUCCCUGGCUUCUUACAUUCUCUUGUAAUUUCACUUCCCCAAAACUAGUUUUGUUCUCUAUGUAACAUCAUGAAUGGGUUCAACAUCUACAACUAACUCUAUGACAGCAAUCGCCAUGGAAACUAAGUGCCUCUCCAACCCCUCAGGUACUCAGCUUAGUGUUCUUCUCCCUGUUCAUUGUAAGACAAUCAUAGAUGUUUACAAGGUUCACUUCAUAGUAAUAUAGUAAUGAGUAGAACAGAAAACAAGGAAUCGUGGAGCCGCUCAAUCUAUUGUGUGACUCACCAACCAUCCUCCUACCCAUAAUCAUCCACAAUUUCCAAUUUUACUUUGUUUAACAAGCGAAUGAAAUCUCCGGUGAAAACGGACACAGGUGAAAAUCUAUCCACAAAUGGAAGAUCACCCAGAGAUCAAAACUGGAUCACCUGUUGUUCUUCUUCUUCUCUACUCUCACCGGCAUAUUCAACACAUCGGCUGUGGAGCAGAGCUCUAAGGAUAUCAAGAAAGAUCGGAGGAAGUGGGGAGUGUCCUAAGGAGAUGAAGCGCUCUAGUCCACUGCGGCCUCUCCGAAAGAAUAACCCUCCUCAGCACGGGAACUGCGCCGGCAGCAACCACGGCCGAAUGGUUCUCAUCAUCCAUGCAAACAUUGUAUAG